AUGCUCAAGAUGCAGAGAGAUUCGAAUUUCAACCACCAUGCCAAAUGUGAUAAACUCUACCUCACUAAUCUGAAUUUUGUAGAUGAUGUCCUUCUGUUUUGUAGAGGAGAUGCCAAAUCAGUAGAGAUAAUGAUGGAUGCCUUCAGGAGGUUUUCUGAAUCAACGGGGCUUAUAUCCAAUCCCUCCAAGUGUAUAAUGUAUUUUGGAGAUGUGGAUAAUGGCAUGAAGGAGAUUUUGAGAGUGGCUACUGAAUUUGAAGAGGGAUCACUUCCAGUCAAAUAUCUUGGAGUCCCUCUUACCAACAAGAAGCUUACCAUUCACCAUUAUAAGCCUCUAGUGGAGAAGAUUGUUGGCAGAGUACAUCAUUGGACUACUAAGCUCCUUAGAUAUGCAGGGAGAAUUCAGUUUUUCAAAAGUAUAUCUUGUGUCAUUGCUCAAUAUUAA